CCACAUCCAUCAUUGCACACUCCCUCCUCUUCUCUUCAAGUGCCACCCAUAAGGCUUAGAGGGAAGAAGAGAAAGCUUAGCCCAGAACAAAGGCCGGCGAGCAAAAAUGGCGAUCUGCAGCGCGCACACAACCACCUCCCUGCACUCCCCAUGCGCAACAGUCUCGAACACAGGCUUCAGGCAGAAGCAAGUCAUCUUCUUCACCAGCAACAGGAGAGGUGGCAGAAGGCAUGUUGGGGCAAGAACCUUUCAGGUUUCAUGCUCCGUCGAGAAGCCAGUGGUGAUUGGCCUGGCGGCAGACUCAGGAUGCGGGAAGAGUACCUUCAUGCGCCGUCUCACCAGUGUGUUUGGUGGUGCUGCAGAGCCACCCAAGGGUGGGAACCCGGACUCCAACACCCUCAUCAGUGACACCACGACGGUGAUCUGCCUUGAUGACUACCAUUCCUUGGACAGAACCGGGAGGAAGGAGAAGGGUGUGACCGCCCUCGACCCAAGGGCGAACAACUUUGAUCUCAUGUAUGAGCAAGUGAAGGCGAUCAAAGAAGGCCAGGCAAUUCAGAAGCCGAUCUACAACCAUGUCACUGGCCUCCUCGACCCACCGGAGGUUAUCACGCCCCCAAAGAUUUUUGUCAUUGAGGGCUUGCACCCAAUGUUUGAUGAGCGUGUGAGAGACCUCCUAGAUUUCAGCAUCUAUUUGGACAUCAGUGAUGAGGUUAAGUUUGCAUGGAAAAUUCAGCGGGACAUGGCAGAGCGCGGGCACAGCCUUGAAAGCAUCCAGGCUAGUAUCGAAGCUAGAAAACCAGAUUUUGAUGCCUUCAUUGAUCCGCAGAAGCAAUACGCUGAUGCUGUGAUUGAAGUUCUGCCGACACAGUUGAUUCCCGAUGACAACGAAGGAAAGGUGCUGCGUGUUAAAUUGAUCAUGAAAGAAGGCGUGAAGCACUUCAACCCAGUUUACCUCUUCGAUGAAGGAUCAAGUAUCAGCUGGGUGCCUUGCGGAAGAAAGCUCACAUGCUCUUACCCUGGCAUAAAAUUUGCCUAUGGCCCAGACACUUACUUCGGCCACGAGGUAUCAGUGUUGGAGAUGGAUGGGCAAUUCGACAGACUAGAUGAGCUCAUCUAUGUGGAGAGCCAUCUAAGCAACCUCUCAACUAAAUUCUACGGAGAAGUGACACAGCAAAUGCUAAAGCAUGCAGACUUCCCAGGGAGCAACAAUGGAACAGGCCUCUUCCAGACCAUCGUUGGACUGAAGAUUAGAGAUCUCUAUGAGCAGAUAGUUGCUGAGAGGGCUGAUGCACCAGCUGAAGCAGCGAAAGUUUAAUGAUCUGCACAUUCAGAUUUCCUACACCUCUUCAAACUCAAUGAGAAUGAGAAUCCUCGAAAUUCUUGUAAUUAGUUCGGAUAUAUCACGGCUAGGAGGAGGUAGAAAUGUCAUUGCAGUACUCAGGAAAACAUGCAAUGGAAUUUCUAGAAAUACCUCGCCAUGGGGGUGCUCUUACAUCUCUUCUUCACAUGUUCAAAUGUAUAUCUUCUUCCAUGCUUUUAUGCAGAAAGAAAUACAGCUGCCUGCUACUAUCAAGUGUAGCUGUUUA